AUGUCUUUGAAGCUGCAAUCAUGUCUUCAUACACGAAAUACUCGUGCUGGGUUGUCAAUGCUCAGCUUUCGGUCCCUUUCCAGCCAUGCUGCCUCUAAUCGAUUCCACCAACAGCCACCGAAAUCACCAACAGUUCGAGCAUUCCCUACCUCGGCGCUAUCAUACCAUUGGGACACACUGCCGCCGACUCUAGCUCAACUGAGCCAUGCUGCAAAGUUCUUCAAACUGCAACCUCCAACGUUCUUGUGGUCUGCUGAAAAAUUCAAGACCAUGGACUUCGGCAACAGCCCCGAGGUUUGCUUCCUCGGACGAUCGAAUGCGGGAAAGUCAUCACUUCUGAACGCUCUUCUAUGUAAGAAUAUAGCACACACAAGUUCGAAGCCUGGCCGAACAAGACUUAUGAAUGCCUUUGCGGUUGGCGGUGCCGAGGACAAUGGAAAGAAUAGGCUAGUCGUAUUGGACAUGCCUGGAUACGGCAAGGGAGGGAGAGCAGAAUGGGGUACACAGAUUAUGAAAUAUCUGGAAAAGAGGAAAGAGCUGAAAGGAACAUUCUUGCUUGUUGAUGCGGAGCAUGGCAUAAAGAAGAGUGAUCAACAGCUUCUGGCUAUGAUCAAGGAUAUCGGCAUACCAUAUCAAGUCAUUCUGUCCAAGGCAGACAAAAUCGUCUUUCCAGGAAGUAGGACGCCGAGUUCUCAAGCAUUGGAGAUAAGACUUACGGAGCUGAGAAGGACCAUGGAAAGUGUGAAGGAGGCAGUUCAACCAAAUUCAGAGGAUGAUGGAGGAGCGGUUGGAGAGGUCGUUGCCUGCAGUUCUGAGAAAUGGAUUGAAGGAAAAAGAAUGGGCAUUGAUGAAGUCAGAUUUGCUAUGCUUCGAGCCGCUGGAUUGGAAUAUCGGCCCAAUGUCCCCUUGGCGAGACCAGUGGAAAUUGUACCCCAUGAGGAGAUUUUUGGUUACGGUUGA